AUGGGACAUCAGCCGCCGCCAACUGCGGUGUCCGUGCCGAUUCGGCUCGGCCGCGCCAAGACCCGCGUGACAGACAGUAUCAAGGUUUGCACCACAGCUUCUCCGUCUACGUCGUUAGGGCUAAGCAACGCGAAUCCAUUGCGGGUGUGUGGAGUGUGCCAAGCGAACGAAUCCAAGUACACAUGCCCUCGCUGCAAUGCCGUUUACUGUGGCGUGGCGUGCUACAAGACACACGGCACGACGUGCACCGAAGCCUUCUACAAGGGGCACGUGCAAUCUGAAAUGCGAUUGAACAAGGAUGCGUCCGCGUCGUCGGUCCGCGACGUGCAAGCCAUGUUGCAGAGGGUCCACGACGACUUUCCCGAAACAUCCCCGAUGGACGCCCGUAUCGACGACCUCGUGGAACUCAUGGAAAGCGACGCGUUAACGUUGGAUGCACUCACGGAUGAAGAGCGAUCGACCUUUCUCCGCGAAGUCGCCGACGGUCGACUCGGCAAAUACAUUGCGUUGUGGGAACCUUGGUGGAUGCAAUCUCCGGCGGCGUACGACACACGAACCAACAACUUGCGGAGGUGCCUCAUUGUGGAUCUGCACGACGGCGAUGGUUCUCUCUCUCUCGGCGAAGACGACGUUUUGACCCAUCCGUUGGGCAUUUUCACGGCGUCCAUGGCCGCGAGCUUCCCGACCCUCAACUCGUUGCACCCGAAUCCCAACCAUGCUGUUCUCCAAUGCAACCUCGUUGAAGUUAUCUUCGCCUACGCCUAUGUCAUGCGAGUGUACAAUGGCGACUGGCGCGUAGAUGUCGAAGACGCCGCGUCGCAGUGUAUGGCCAUCUCGUCGGUGCUGCUGGGCACUCCUGCCGGCAUGCCAGCGGCGGUGCAGACGCAAACGACGCCGCCAAGAACGUGGCGCUUUUGGACGUGGCAACGAUCUUAA